AUGGAAGAAUUUAAUGAAACAUUAUUCAAUGAGUUUAUCCUUAUGGGAAUCACCAACCAGCUAUGGCUCCAGAAAGUACUUUUUGCUUUUGUCUUCAUUUUCUACCUUCUUGACAUUUUUGGUAAUCUCGCCAUAAUUUCCUUGGUGUACAGAGAUCCUUCUCUCCAAUCUCCAAUGUAUUUCCUGCUUUGCAACCUUUCUUUUGUGGAUUUGCUAUUUUCUACAGUUACAGUUCCAAAAUUGAUGUAUGGAUUUCUCAUGGAGAACAUCAUUACUAUCAAGGGUUGUAUUACUCAAAUGUAUUUCUUCCAUUUUUUGGGAUGCACAGAAGGUGUCCUCCUGACUGCCAUGGGAGUUGACCGAUAUGUCGCAAUCUGUCACCCAUUACGAUAUGUAACCAUAAUGAGGAGGUCUACAUGUAUCCAAAUGGUGUUAGUAUCAUGGUUCACAGGUAUCACUACAUCAUUAGUUCAUGCCAUUAUGACAUCUCAGCUCCCAUUUUGUAAGGUUAAUAGAAUCAAACACUUUUUCUGUGAUGUGAAGCCGGUAAUAAAGCUGGCAUGCAAAGACAUUCAUGUAAAUGAGCUCACCUUGGCCGCACUCAGUGGUUUUUUACCCUUAAGUGCCUUUUUGAUUACUGUACUCUCCUACAUUUACAUAAUUGCUCAUGUCCUGAAAAUAAAAUCUUCGAAAGGAAGGACCAAGAUUUUCUCAACAUGUUCCUCUCACUUGACCGUUGUCAUCUUGUUUUAUGGGACAGCAAUGUGCACUUACAUUGGACCUGCUUCUGAAACUUCAAUUGAAAAAGACAAGGUUGCCGCCUUAUUGUAUACAGUUAUUACCCCGGCGUUAAACCCUGUCAUUUAUACACUAAGAAACAAAGAUGUUAGGAAUUCAGUAAGAAAACUCACAAAAAGGUCAAAUGUAUUUGGAAUUGAUCAAGAACAUUGA